GGUCUCUGAAUUUAUUUCUAUGGAUCACAAUGAUAUGACUAGACAUCAAAGUAUAUAACAGAGGAUUUCUGGCGAGACAGCGGUAUAAUACACAAUGUCUCUAGACAAGAUAAAAAAUAUUGUCCUUGUCCUCUCAGGCAAAGGAGGGGUCGGCAAAUCCUCGAUCACAACCCAACUUGCGCUCUCCCUCUCCCUCGCCGGAUACUCUGUCGGAGUCUUAGACAUCGAUCUCACCGGCCCAUCUAUACCCCGCCUCUUCGGCAUCGAGUCCGCGAAAGUCACACAAGCCCCAGGCGGAUGGGUACCAGUCCCAGUCCACGCCGCGGACCCUGAAGCCGGCAUCGGGGAGCUGCGAUGUAUGAGCUUGGGCUUCCUACUCAGAGAAAGAGGUGAUGCGGUGGUAUGGAGAGGGCCGAAGAAGACGGCUAUGGUGCGUCAGUUCUUGAGCGAUGUGCUUUGGGGCGAGGUUGACUACCUCUUGAUUGACACGCCACCGGGCACUUCAGAUGAGCACAUAAGCUUGGCGGAAACACUGCUGAAGAAUGCAGCGCCUGGACAAGUCAAGGGGGCUGUUGUUGUCACGACCCCACAAGCUGUGGCUACAGCGGAUGUGAAGAAGGAGCUGAACUUCUGCGUCAAGACGGCUAUCAACGUGAUUGGCGUGGUGGAGAAUAUGAGCGGAUUUGUGUGUCCCAGUUGCUCGGAAUGCACAAAUGUGUUCAGCUCUGGGGGCGGCGCGGUGAUGGCGGAGGAGUUUGGAGUUAAAUUCCUCGGAAGCGUUCCGAUAGACCCCCAGUUUGUCAUGCUGGUGGAGGCGGGCAGGACACCUUCGUACCCAGCGGGCACGUCGAUUAAUGGCCAGGCAAUGGAGAGCGCAGAUGGGCAACCAACAAAUGGUGGGACUGAAGAGUCUGGGCAGCUGGUUGCGAAGUACCCCAAAUGCUCGCUAUCCCCAAUCUUUAAGGAUAUUACAGCACAGGUUAUCGGGGCUUGUGAAGCGCGCUGAUGGCCGUACGAGAUUUGAAGUUAUUGCAUAUAGUUAUAAAAGGGGCAUAGCGAAGGCGUUUAUGGUAUAAAAAUGACGCUCUUCUAGCGCAAAUAUAGAGCAA